AUGUUAGAUCCAGGUGGUGAAUUAGUGCCACCACAGUCUUCACCUACCAAUUCUUCCAUCUCCUCCUCUGAUCUUGACACUCAGUCUACUGGAUCAUUCUUCCAUGACAGAAGCACCACACUAGGCACUCUCAUGGGGCUCACCUUCCCAGCUAUCACCUUCAGAGCCACACCUCAGAACACUGACUCACCUUCCGCCACUGCCACCGCCGUAAAGUCUAAGAGGAGUAUGAAUUCCAACGCGGCGGAUUUCGUGGUUGCCAAGCGCCGGAAGAGGUGGUGGCAAUUUUGCAGUGACGGCGAUUCAAGGUCGGCUUCGUUGGGUGAGUUUCUGGAAGUUGAAAGGCGUUUCGGCGAUGCUGCUUUUUAUGAUACGCCUGCGGAGUUUGAAGGAUUGGUGGUAGAUUCACUGCAACAGAGGAACAGCGGGAGGGCGUUGUUUGCAGACGGGAGAAUUCUUCCACCGUCCGUUGUUGAUGAAAGAUCGUCGACCGCGGGAAGUCUUUGUAGUAGAUUUCCGGUUUCGCUGACCGGGAUCUGUAGCAGUGGUGGUGGAUGA